UGGCUUAGGUUUUGUUAAAUGAAUAAUGUCACAUUAUAUUCUAAUGCGUUGUUCUUUUGAGGUUGUAUUUACCUAAUUUAUCCUGAUGAGAACUGUAUGGGUGUACUUCUUUUUACCAUGAAUGUAUAUUAACAGUCGCUUAGUGCUCUGAAAGAACAAAAGAUUAAAAUUCAAACAACAGAAGUGUGUCAAAAAUGUUCAGAUACAAAUGAGCUGCCAUGAGUUUAAUGUGUGAGCCUGCGUUUAGUUCUCGGUGUUUCUCAUCUAUGUCUCCCUGCCAGUGUUUGAACACAGAUGGUCGCAAAGCAGAUGAGAACUGUUCAAAGCUGACUCAUAUCAAAGGCCCUCUGGCUCUUUUGAAGUGUAGUGUUUGCAACAGGUGACAUUUUGGGCUUAAAACCAUUUAUGACUUUGAACAGUAGCCGUGGGCUGAACCUCCCUUUGACCCAGCAGGUAAGGAGAGGACAGAUCAGGACGGAGGGAGACAGAGACCGAGGGAGUACAUGAAAGUUAGUAUCCUAUCACUUCAUGUUCGGCUGAUUGCUGCAGGCCAGCGACACGAGGACGCUUCAUGCAGAAAACCAAGCAAGUAAAGAAUCAGGAUAAAAUUUGGAGCAGGGUAGUAUUUUUUUUUUUUUUUUGCAUCAUAUCUGGAUAACUUGAAGAAGUCUUUGUGUUUUGUUGAAGACAGACAGACUGAACAGAAAAAUUAAGCGGUGAUGUUGGACCCUCUGUCAGACUGUAGCCCGCUCAUCAGUGCAGCAUCCUCUGGGAAGCUCCGUCUAGUCCGUCUGCUGGUAGAAGGUGGAGCAGAGGUAAAUGGGCGCAACCCUAAAGGAGAGACAGCUCUGCUGGCUGCCUGCAAGGCCCUGAGAGGGGAGCCUGCUGGGCCUGAGACAAUUAAGCUCCUCACAUACCUCCUCCAGAACAAGGCAGAUCCUAAUGCAAAAGACCGGGCGGGCCGUACUGCGCUGAUGUACGCCUGUAUGGAGCGUGCGGGAGCUCAGGUCGCAGCCACACUCCUUGCUGCAGGAGCCGACCCAAGCAUGGAGGAUUACUCUGGAGCCUCAGCUUUGGUCUACGCUAUCAACGAGCAGCAUCAGCCUACUCUGAAGGUAUUGAUGGAUGCCUGUCAGGCCAGAGGUCGUGACAUCAUCAUCAUUGCCACAGAGCUGGGUGUGCAUGGAGGCCCUGUGACCAGACGCUAUCUGAAUGUUCUCCCAUCCCCAAACAUCUCACCGGUGUCCUGCAUGUCCCCAUCUGACAUCGUCCUGAAGACAGGCUCGCCAAACUCACCCGAGGGCGAAAACAUCUUCAACUUCAGAGCAACAAGCCAACGAGGAAGUAGCAGCAGCAUUAGCAGCAGACGUCCCUCCUGUGAACCACUGAGCCUGUGCAGCUCUCCCCCUCUCAGACAGAGAAUAUCAUCUGAACCCUGGCUAGCGAUUCACAACCUGGCCUGUCUGAACAGAGCUUAUGAGGAGGGCAUGAGGGAGAGGAGCCCACAGGAGGAGAGAGACAGAAAGGAUUUGAGAGGGGAGAGAGGAAGGAAUAAGGGUGAGGAAAAUGAGGAAGAAGAAAAGGAGUCCCAUUUUGAUCAUUCCAGAGUGGAAGAGAGGAGACGAGGCAAGGUUCAAAGGAGAGAUAACGGAUAUGGAGGAGGGAAUUACAGCCGCAGCCACGAGGAUUUCCCUUUGAAGGCUUCUCAUUCAGUCGUCUCGCUCACUGAGAUGAGCUCUACUCAUGCAACACCCGGCAGCAUGGUCCUCAAACGAUGUGUCACUCCUGCAGGGUCACUCUCAGACAAAAAGCUCCCCACCUGCCUGCCCCCUCACUCCCAGCUCCGCAGGAAUACCCUCCCCUCUGUCACAGUCGACCCUCCUCUGCUUCACCUCCCUCCUUUGGUAAGUCAAUCCACAUCUUACCUCCAGGUUCCAACCCAGGUUUCACCAGCCAAAAGCAGAACCAUGGUGUUUCUGCCUCACCCACCCAGCUCCUCUCCUCCCUCUAGAGCAUCAGUGAGGCCAGCUCCACUCCCUCCACUCCCCUCAGCUUCCUCUGUCACCUCGCUGGUUCCUCCUUCUGCCUCCUGCUACAACGAGAGAAACAGGAGGUCACUGCGUCGUCACUCAGUGCAGCUUGAACAGCUAAAAGGAGGAACGCGGAUGAACUAUUUAGACAUGUGAGACCAUAUUAUAUUUGAAGGAUAGUGGUCCCAGUGUCAUUUUAACAAGUUAGGCCCGUCAGUACUUGGACUAGUUUUAGGCUCUACCGUAAUCAUGGGAAGAGAAAAGUUUGGAGAAGGAACAGAACAGCAGAGAAUUUGAAGCAUACUGCAAGAUGAUAAGAAAAGGAAAUACUUACGAUCUAUCUUAAGCACCGCACAUCAUCCAUCAAACAUGGUCGAGGCAAUGGUAUAGACACAUAUGUCUGCCAGUGGAACAAGGAGUUUUUAUUGAUGGUGUGACUGUUGAUAGAAGUCACAGGAUAAACUCUGAAGUGUGCAGGGCUACAACACUUGGAUAAUGAAAGAAAAUGGGAUAUUCUUCAAUCGCCAAGUCAGUUACCUGAUCGUAACCCAAUAAGACAUGUUUUUAAGUGCUUUAAUUUUCUUCAGAUACUCCAGCUUCCAUCCCACAAUCUAGAUAUGCAUGUUAGGUCCAGUGGUGACCUUAAAUGUAUGUUGUAGGUGUGAUUGCUAGCAUGAAUGGCUGUUGGUCUGUGUUAGGCCUUUAACAAACUGUCCAGGGUUUAUGACAGCUGGGACAGGCUCCACCUUCCCUCAAAACGUUGAAUUAGAUACAAAUACAGCCUCUGAAAAACAAUUAAUGAAACACUUUUGUUAUACCUCAUGACUCAAAGCUGAAAAACAGCACUUCAGUCACAUUUUGAUUGUUUGAUUUAACACUGUGGUGGUGUCCAGAGGACAGUUGCUGUCCAAAAACUUACAGAGCUUGCUGUAUACUCAGACUUGUGAUUCUGAGAUGGAGUAAGGUUUAUUAACUAAUUUUAAGAGGAUACCUGCUUAAAUUCUCAUUCAACACGAGCAAGCGAUAAACUCAAAGCGAGCUGUGGAAACCUUUCACAAAUAUCUGGGUUAAAACACAAGUGUUUUGUCACAGAAGUACAACAUGAACCAGCAGAAAGAAAUGCAAUGAAAAAGAAGGCUGAUAUGAUAAGAAAUUGAAUAGUCAAUCAACAGAUAACUCAAACACACUAACAAUGGGAAAGUGGAGUGUUCUUAGCAUUAAGUAACUUAAGGUUUCUGCAAAACUGUUUAAAUAAUUAAUUAAUUGUAAAUUAAUCUCUGGCUGCAGCCCACUUGUUGAUUCUAUACUGAACA